UUAUGUACUUUAAAAGAAGAUUUUGUCCGGCUGAUACUCGCCGAUCAUGGAGCCUCUUCGUUCGAGACGAACUUCAUGACGUUCUUUUUCUUCCCCGUCGCAUCUUCUGCUACAACCAAAAAAAAAAUAUAAAAAAAAAGCGCGUAUGGUUUCCGGAAAACCCUAAAUUUGCCCUCUCGUGCAGUCAGUGAAUCAAUUAUGCAUGAAGCCUGGUUCCAGAACAAUCUGAGCUCCUCGUCUGGUACAUCUCCGAAGCGUCAUCUCAGAUUCUCCCAACCCUUGUCUUCUUUCCCGUCCAAACGAUCCUCUCGGCUGCAGAUUUCGUCCUUGCAUUGACGUUCACAAGGGAUUGAACCUAGACACCCUUGCUCUUGUUGAGCCCACUCUUAUUCGAUCUCUGACCGUCUUCGGCAAAAUCCUGACUGAUUCAGAGCUCCUUGAAAUCGGAAGAAAAUGGAGAGUGAAGAGACCUCAGGGGUACCAAGAGGAGGCCCUAUCUAUCUGCCUAACAUGGUGGGACCUCUUUCAACAGUCCCCGAGUUCCACAAUUCUCUUCACCUUCUGAUGCAGGAUUUGGAAACGUACUUGUCUGCGAAUUCUUCUUCCUACACGCAGCAGUAUGAUGUUUCGACCGGCGGCCUCAAACUUUAUACUGAGGAAGAACUCACAGAGACAGCUAUGAAGGAAGCUUUCCGGGAGGAUGUAGAUUCUCAAAAUUUCUUGGAACAACCUUCCAGUACUUCUCAUCUAAGUGACUGCGAUCAGAAAGUGUCGAGUGAUGAAGGUGUUAACUUGGUAAAUGGUGCGGAAAUAGCAAACAAUGCACCUUCCUUGAAGUCCUCGAGUGGAACGAAACCUAAGAAGAGAAUGAAGAAGGCAGAAAAGAAGAGUGAGGAAUAUUUUCUCACAAAAGUGGAGCAACUUGCCCAAAUUAAGAAAAUGCAGGAAGAGGAAAAAGCGACUGUGAGGCUGCACUGCCUAAAAUCUUGUGAAAAUGUCAAAUCUGUGACUGCUUCUUCUGAAGGGUUCGAGAGGAUGCAAUCACUUAGUUCCACAAAUCACGCAGCAAAGGUUUUGCCCAUGAAUCAACUCCUGAAGCCACCAUACAUUAAAGACCCACUGGACAUGCGAGUUCCUGAAGUCAUUCUGUGUAUAGAAAUAUAUAACAGCGGCAAAUCGAAGACCCAAGAAUUCUUGGUUCUAGGACGACAGAAGUUAACCGAACUGAAGGACAAAAUACAUUGUCGUACGGAUCAGGCGAUGACAAAGGCUGGGAAAUAUGAUCCAUCUGGAUACUUCCUCAUAGAAGAUAUUUUUUACAAUGAUUUAAGGAAUCCAUUAGCAAUAGAUUACAGCAAACCCAUACUCGAUUGGCUUUGGCAUUCAAAGGAUGAAGCAUUGAGGAAAUGGGAAUGCAUUGCAGCUGGUGAAAUACACCGGAAGCAUAAGUUGUUGUCAAAGGAAGUGAAACUGGAUCUACCUCACUUCAGUGCCACGGAAAUGCAAACCACACGGUUCUGUGACUUGAGCUUCAGACUCGGUGCGAGUUAUCUUUACUGUCACCAGGGAGACUGCAAGCACAUGAUAGUUAUACGGGACAUGAGACUGAUUCACCCCGAAGACGAUCGCGACAGAGCGGUUUAUCCGAGAGUCGCAUAUCAACAGAAGCGGGUUGUCGUGAAAUGCGGAGUCUGCAAGAUCUACAGAGCUACCAAAUUCGCGGCGGACAACAAGUGGACAAAGAAGAAUCCAUGCUACUUCUGCAGCUUUUGUUUUUCCCUUCUCCACUCAGAGGAAGGGCCUUUGUCUUGUCACUUCCCUGUCUAUGAUUAUGUUUACGAGUAAGGGAUCCUUUUUGGUUGCCAACGGAAAUUAUCUGUCUAAAUUGCAUGAAACUGAAUUCAACCUAUAAAUUUUUCAUAUAA